UCCAAGCUGAUCGCUCUGAUCACCGCAUGUGCCUCUUCUGAGCCACACUAAGACGCUCGCAGCGACCAUAGCAAUUACUCGCCCUUCACCGUCGGAGAAAAGGCGUCCUGAAGAGAGAGCGGGAGGAAACUACAACUCCCGGCAUGCAUGGGAACGUAAGCGUGUAGAGGGGGACUUUCUCUUUUCUGGCUUUCCCCCCACGUGGAUUCAACAUGGCCGGGUUUGUGGAUCUGAACAUCCCCCAUUUGCCGGAGAAGGAGUCUUUGCAAAAGUUGGUGGCGUCUGCAGCGCAUCUUGGCUAUUCCACUGUGGCAAUUAAUUAUGUCAUUGACUAUGAAGAAAAGAAAAAGGAAGUUGUGAAACCUAUAUCACCUUCAGAACUGUUUACAUCCUUGCCUAUGGUGCAGGGGAAAUCCAAGCCAAUUAAGAUUUUGUCGCGGCUAACGCUUGUAGUUUCUGAUCCAUCUCACUGCAAUAUCCUAAGGGCGAGAUCUACAAACAUAAAAUUUUAUGACAUCUUUGCUGUAUUUCCUAAGAAUGGGAAGCUCUUCCAUGUGGCGUGCACAACCUUAGAUGUCGACCUCGUGUGCAUCAACGUAACAGAAAAGCUGCCCUUCUACAUCAAGAGGCCCUCUGUUAAUGUGGCAAUGGAUCGAGGCAUAUACUUUGAACUUGUUUAUGUGCCUGCCAUCAAAGACUCCACGAUGAGAAGAUACACGAUUUCCAACGCGCUCAGCCUGAUGCAGAUCUGCCGAGGAAAGAAUAUCGUGCUGUCCAGUGCAGCAGAAAAGCCUUUACAGCUACGAGGUCCUUAUGAUGUGGCUAACCUAGGAUGGCUCUUCGGCCUGUCGGAAAGCAACGCCAAGGCCGCCGUUUCUACCAAUGGCAGAGCGGUCCUGCUUCAUGGAGAAGCCAGAAAGACUGCCUUUGGAGUAGUAUAUACAAUGAAGAAACCUCGAACCCCAGAUGAAGACGACUCCACUCCAGCUACCAAAAAAGUCAAGAUGGCAUUGUGAUGAGCAGGGUCUUCUCUGUGGCUUCCAUGCACCCUCCCCCCCAAGCUCCAGGCUCUUGGAUGGCCAGAUGCAGGGAGCGUUUGUUCUGUUGAUGCAAUUAAAUACAUUGGGCUUUGGCAUCGAUGAGACUGUGGAGUGUCCGACUGUGGACAUUGGAAGCUGCAGAUACUGUUGUGACUUUGGGGACGGGGGGGGGUGUCAGCCGCCUAGUGGAGAGUGGCAAUGUCGCAGACUUCAAAGCGGAUGGAAGACCAUUUGUAUAGCUCCGUUCCAUUUAGGAGAAAGACCUUUUACCAAGGAAUUCUGCCACACUCCCUUUUGCCAUCUGUCUUGCAGUAGUUCCAGGAAUGGAGUCUCUCUAGAGAUAGUUGUAACUCUCAGAGCGCUUUAGCGCCCCAGUGGCUUUUAAUCCCUUCAUGAACGCACAGUCAAGCAAUUAAAUAAAUUCCUGGAAGCGUUAAUGAUAGCAUUACGGCAGUGACUGGAAGUGUACAGAUGGGGGCCCCAGCAGUUCAUGCAUCACGAGGCCUGUGCCUGUGGGCUCUGUAAGGGGGGCAAUUCCAGGUUGGGAGUCACUAGCAACUCCUUACUUGUGGGUGUGGUAUGGGGGAGCCAGUCGUCACAGGCCGUCAUUGGCCUUUUUUGUCUGAUCCUGCAAUUAGCAAAUCACCCCAUUUGCAUUCAGCAGCAUUGGGUAGAAAAAUGAAAUUCUGGAUUUCAGAUGUUGCAGGGUCCCCCCCCC